AUGUCCCAGGUGUCCCUCAUCUUCGCCUGCGGUACGGCUCUCUUCUCAGACGGCUAUGCCAACGGUGUCGUCGGUGCCGUGAACUUGCUCCUCAUGACCGUCUACCCCGACUACUUCAACCUCACCAACUCCAACUUCACCAAGGUCCUCAACUCGCUUAUCUUUGCUGGCACCGUCUUGGGCAUGCUAACCUUUGGUAUCAUCAGUGACAAGAUCGGACGCAAAGCAGGCAUGAUGAGCGCGACCGCUAUCGUUGCUGUCUUCUCGGCCCUCUCUGCCGGCGCGUACGGCGGUGGGACUGUCGGUGGAAUGGUUGCAGCCCUCUCCGCAUACCGCUUCUUUCUCGGUAUCGGUAUUGGCGCUGAGUACCCGUGUGGUUCCGUCGCUGCUUCUGAGCAAACUGAAGGCCCCGGCGUGAACAAGAACGCACAGCACCGCUGGUUCGCCCUUGCGACGAACACCAUGAUCGACUGGGGCUUUGUCGUUGCCGCCUUUGUUCCCCUCGUCCUGCUCUGGAUCUGUGGAAUGAAUCACCUCAACACCGUCUGGCGCAUCACCCUUGGCCUCGGUGUGAUCCCCGCCGUCGCUGUCUUUUUCUGGCGUCUUCGGAUGGUGGAAUCCGCCCGGUAUGCCCGUGAUAGCAUGAAGCGCGCACGGAUGCCUUACGGCCUCGCCAUUCGUCGCUACUGGCGCAACUUGCUCGCUAUCUGCUUGACCUGGUUCAUCUACGACUUCAUCACCUAUCCUUUCGGUAUCUACUCUUCCUCCGUGGUCAAUACCAUCCAGGCAAACCAGGAUUUGUACCAGUCCUUCGGGUGGUCCGUCGUUAUUAACCUCUUCUACAUUCCCGGCACAGUCGUUGGAGCGUUUCUCAUUGACUACCUCGGACCGAAGAACUGCAUGAUCUUAGGUCUUAUCCUCCAGGCUAUCUUUGGCUUCUUCAUGUCUGGAUUCUACAAGAACCUCAUCCAGCCUAGUGAAAUCGCCGGCUUUGCAGUUCUGUACGGUCUAUUCCUGACCUUCGGCGAGCUCGGACCGGGCAACAACCUUGGUCUCCUCGCUGCCAAAUCCGGCCCGACUGCCUUCCGCGGACAGUUUUACGGCAUUGCGGCUGCUGUCGGCAAGAUUGGGGCUUUCGUUGGUACCUGGGUAUUCCCGCCCAUGAUCGCUGCUUUCAACGAGGGCGGCACGAACCCAGACCGUGGUGCCACUGGUCCCUUCUGGGUCGGAUCCGGGCUUGCUAUCCUCUCCGCUCUCAUCACUUUCUUCCUCAUCCGUCCCAUCUCGCAUGACGGCAUGGAGGCGGAGGAUCACGCUUUCCGCGAAUACCUCAUUGCCCAUGGAUACGAUGUCUCCCAGAUGGGCUUGAAGGAGGAGAUCAUCAGCGUCGAUAGCUUGGAGACCGAGAAGGGGAACGAGAAGGAAGCUGAAGCCAGUGAGGACGCUAUUGUUCAGCCUGUGUAG